CGCCCUUACCCUCCGUCCUGGCUGAGCCCAGGGAGCUCACCGUCCGGGGCAGCCUCUUUUGGCACCAAGGCCUCCAGGUGCCCGGCACGAAGGCGGAGCCGGGCCACAGCCGCCUCCCCGGCGCCGCCGACAGUACCCCCCCGGGAGUUCGCGGACCCAGUGCGGCGGCUCCAGCGUCUCCAGCCUCCCCUGCUCCCCGCACUCCUCCCUCUUGGCGCGCUGGACGCAAAGCCUGCGACGGGCAAGCAGAGCGCAGAGCCAAGUGGCGCGCACGGGGCACCAGCACGGACAACCCUAACGUCCCACAGCCGGAGCCCGCGCUCCAGUCACCCGCCAGUGGACGCCCCGACCAUGGCUGCUGAAAGACCCAGCUCCGGCGCCAGGUUCUGGGCGGCGGCGCUGCUUCUGCUUGGCCUGCAGCGCCUCUCGGUGCGGGCAGAUGGGAAGUUCUUUGUGCUGGAGUCUCAGAAUGGCUCUCGGGGCCUGGACCUGGAGGCAGCCUGGCUUUCCUGCAAAAGCAGAGGCGCUCACCUGGCAUCUGCAGACGAGCUGAGGAGGGUGGUCCAGGACUGUGCCUUGGCGGUGUGCACUACGGGCUGGCUGGCGGAUGGCAACCUGGGGACAACAGUGUGUAGCAAGGGAAGUGGUGAACAGCAAAUCAGGAGAACUGUGGAUAUGAGAAUCGAAAGCAACGUGGUUCCUGGCAGCACAUACAAUGCCCUUUGUAUUAAGGAUGAAGAGAAGCCUUGUGGAGACCCACCCUCGUUCCCACACACCGUCCUGCAGGGACGCACCGGCUUGGAGAUGGGGGAUGAGCUGCUGUACGUGUGCGCCCCGGGCCACGUGACCGGCCGGCGCGAAACGGCCUUCACCUUGCUGUGUAACAGCUGCGGGGAGUGGUACGGCCUGGUCCAGGCCUGCGGGAAAGAUGAGGCUGAGGCACAUAUUGACUAUGAAGAUAAUUUUCCUGAUGACAGAUCCGUGUCCUUCAGAGAGCUCAUGGAGGAUUCCCGGACAGAGGUGGAGGAGGACGGGGGUCCAGGAGACGCCUCUGAGGAGGCUCCAAAACAGGACCGUCUGGUCUCCGGUUCUGUGGGCAGAGAAGACAUAGCCCUCGAUACGGCCUUUGUGCCGACCACAGGCUUGCCCAGCACUGGGAGCAGUGCCCCCACGGACCUGCCAGGGUCCCGACGAAAUCAGAAGUACUUGUUCUGGUUUCCUGCUGAGACCUUCCACAAGCCUGCGUUGGAAAAGGAGAUGGAUGAUGACACUAAAGAGCAGUUUCCUGCUGGAGACCACCAGAGUGGUACAACCUUGGCCCCAGGGGAGCCUGAAACCAGGGCCACCUACAGCAGCAGAGGUGGUCCCUCACGGCCUUUUGUGGGCAGGAAUGACAGCAAGGCAGUUGGUGCCGUGGUGAGCAGGAGCGAUGAGUCCUGGUUAGAUGGCUACCCUGUGACUGAUGGCACCUGGAGGAAGCCAGAGGCUGAAGAGGAGGAAGAGGAGGACAAGGGGGAUGGAUCCGUCGGGCUGGAAGAAAGCAUCCUAGUUAAAACCAGUCCGCUCAUUCUUGUGGACGUUAAGGAGCCCAUGAGUACUACCCUCCCACCAGCUGAGGACAUAACCCACGGUUCAGGUCUUCCAUCUCAAACACUAGAUGUAGAAGCUUUGGUUCUCAGACCCGUGAAUGUGUCUGACACCGAGGGUCCCAGCGAAGGGGAUGGUGACUUGACUAGAUACUCAUCAACUAUUCCUUGGAGAGACACCACGGAGAAGUCUCCCAUGUCCACCCUAGCCAAUGAACUCCCCAGCUCCACCCUGGAGACAGGAACCACCGCUGUGCAGAAAACGCCCAACCACAUCCCUUCAACUGCAACGGCGGCCAGCCAGACUCCCAUGGAAACUGCCGCCCCUGAGGUCAAGGAUACCUUCCCAUACCUGCUGUCUGAGGACUUCUUGGGACAGGAAGGUGCACCGGGCCCAGGAGCAAGUGAGGAGCUUUUUCCAACCUUGGAGCCCUGUGCAGGGGAUAAGUGUCCUGGCCUCAGCAGAGGCCCCAUCAUUGCCACCAUUGUCACGGUCCUGUGCCUGCUGCUGUUCCUGGCGGGCGUGGGGGCAGUGUGGGGCUACCGCAAGUGCCAGCACAAGAGCUCUGUGUACAAGCUGAAUGCUGGCCAGCGGCGACACUACCACCAACAGAUUGAGAUGGAGAAGGUCUAGCCAACUUGGGUGGGCUCCCCCGCAGCCCCUGGGCAGUAACAGGAACUGUGACAUGGCGCAGUGUUUAUCAACACUGGUCACUCACUAUAGCAGGAAACAAGUGGAGUCGGGCUCAUCUUCUUUUUCUCAGGUCUUUGUUUUAUAGGCUGAGAAGUGUCACAUCGGGCAGGGCAGGGAGGCUUUGGCAGAUCCUGAACAGGAGCAUCUUCCUAACCAUCUGCCCUGGAACCUGUUGCACCAAAUCCCAGACCUGUGCUUCGGCUCUGCUUCUGGCGUGCAGUCAAAACUCCCCUCUUCAUCAUACGAUUGUCUUUUUUCUUUCUGUCUUGCCUGCAGCAUGCAGAAAUGCCUGGGCCAGGGAUAGAACCCCCGCCACAGCCAUAACCCAAGCCACAACUGGACAACCCUGGAUCCUUAUCCUGAUAUACCACCAGGGAACUCCAUGUCUUCUUUUUUUAAGAAUGAAAACAAUGGUCUCUGCUACCUGAAAUUUUUGAAAUAGGCAUCAUAGCCUAUUUCAAGGCACAGCGUUUGAAAGCAGUGUUCUUUAGGACAGAGAUAUUUAAUUGUUGAGAGCAGUCUAUGGAAGAGUAAUGGGUUAUUUCCUUGUAAUGUGGAGAUGUUGCUGAGGGCAAAUGAGCCAAGAACCAGGGCACAGGCUACAGCCUUGAGAUCUCUUUGUUUGUUGAAACUGGAAGGAAUGAAUGGCUGACAUUUGGUUGGGGGAGGGGAUGGGAGCAGUGGUGGGACCCACACUCACCCUGUUCCCUCUAAUCUGGGGAACAGCCGAUCGUUUCUUUUAAAAAAACAAGGUUAGCUUUAGCACCGUUUCCUCUCAGCAGCUAUGGCCUGCUUGUCCUUGACCAGUCUAUGCCUAGGCAUGUCUUAGAGUUUUGGCCAGGACUAACAAAACUCAGCCCUUGGUUUCCUCUCUGAGGAUUAACCAUUUCUCUGAAUGCCAGGAAGACUGAAUGACCUAGGAGGGAAAAAAUGUUUUAAGAGGGCCCAGGACUAGGAAGGAUCUCAAGCAUGGAUACCCACUUGAGGGAGAAGCAGAGGAAUUAAAAGGAAUAUGAAAUGACCUGAGAUGCUCUGUACUUGAUGCUGCUGUGACAACUGUGAGCUCUGGACAAACAGCCUGAGUGCAGGAUGGACACACCCUAGCUGCUGAGAAGCCAGCUCAUGUUAUCUCCGUCAUCUUGUGAUGGCUCAGUCCGUCUUGUUUAUGACAGUGGUUCUCAAAGCGUGGUCCUCGGACCAGCAGCAUCAACAUCAUCUAGGAACUUGCCAGAGAUGCGAGUUCUCUGGUACCCACCCCAGACAAAGUACCCACCCUGGGGGUGGGGCCCAGCUAGCUGGGGUUUAAAGUAGCCCUCUGGGUGACUCUGAUACUCACUCAAGAUUGAGAACCCCUGGUUUAUGAGAACAUACAUGCUGAGCUUUAAAGGCAGCUAAGGCUCCUGAGGCCCAGCCCUGAGGUCUGUCUUGCAGGGAAGUCAGGCUACUGCUGUGCCCCUGAGGUAACAUUAGAGGCGGCUGAAACACCAUCUCCAAUGGUCUCCUUUGUAUUGGCACAGAAACCAAACAUAUGAUAUUUUUCUAAUAUGAAUCGCUUGCUUAGAAAGCUUUCUAUUUGGUAAAAAGUGGUGAAAGCAGAGGUCCCAUUGUGGCUUAGCAGGUUAAGAACCUAACAUAUUCUCCGUG